AUGCCGAGCCUGAUCCCACCCAGCAUCGCCCCGGACCUGUUUUAUCGCAAGUGGCGGGUUUCGUUCAACCUGGGAUUGCUUCAAAUGGCGAGGGUUGCUCUGCCGUUCUCCCUGGACUGGAGGACGAAACGGGUUCUGCAGUGUGCGGUUGGGUCUGGUGGAGCUGGGUCUGGCAGGGUGGGAGGCAGAUGGACGGAUUGUUACUGCCAGGAGUGUAGUGAUGCUUAUGAGAGGCAGGCCCUACAUGUUUCUGUGGUGGGAGGGGGUGCGGUGGGAGGGGAAGCGGUCGGAAAGGGUUCGGUUGGAGGGAGUGUGGUCAGAGGAAACGUGGUGGGAGAAGAGAAGCUUACAGUUCCCACCAGCGGCAGCACCACCACCCCUCUCUUGGAAGCUGAAUGCGCGCCACCAUCAACGUUCAGUGUUGAUAAUAUUAAUGCCGAAUGCAAAGAGAAGCCCACGAUACUCCUGCUGCAUGGCUUCUGCGCUGCUUCCUCCUUUUGGACCGACACCGCUGUGUCGUUUCUUCCCAGAAGCUUCCUGGAGGGCAGGAGGGUGGUGGCGGUGGACCUGCUGGGGUGGGGCAAGAGCCCCAAGCCCAGGGACUGUGACUAUAGCGUGGAGGAGCACGUCAGCUGGAUAGAGCGCACAGUGCUUGCUCCCCUCAAGAUAUCCUCCUUCCAUAUCGUGGGGCACAGCAUGGGGUGCCUGAUAGCUGCCGUUCUGGCUGCUCGCAACCGGGACAGAGUGGUGUCUCUCUGCCUUUACUCGCCUCCCUACAUCCCCCCUCGACCGGGCCUAACUCCAGCGGAGGAGUUUUUCCAGCUAGUCACCCCACGCUGCUUCUCCCCUGCACUGCUCCUGGGCAUCAGCAUCAUGUCGUGGUUCGAGCACGUGGGCCGAGUCAUCUGCGCCUUGCUGGCGAAUUUCCAUUGGCUCUCGGACCCGCUUGCUGCUCACCUGCUGCCCCACCUAGGCACCAAGCUCCCUCCGUCCUUCAUGCGGGAUUUCACCCGUCACACGCACCACACCGCAUGGCACUGCUUCUUCAACACCAUCUGCGCUGGCACCAACUUCCUGGAACCUUCCCUGCACCUACUGCACAACCAGAGCCCCACAGAUGUCCUCGCUACAAGCAGUGGUGCUUGUAACGAGACCAAAUCAGCGAGUACUUUAGCAGAGAGUGGUGAGUCAUGCAACAGUAGUGUGCCUGUGACUAUAGUGCAUGGUGACAAAGACAAGCUGUGCCCGAUUGAAUCAAGCAGGGGGGUGGCUCGGCGGCAUCCGAAUGUGAAGCUGUUGGAGGUUCGGGGAGAGAACCACAUUACAGUGGUGGUGGGUAGAGAGAAAGAAGCUGCUCGACAAAUUGCGGAACUUGUUGAGGAAGUUGAGGCCACAAACAUGAUCGCAUGA